AUGAAGCUGCUAUCCCUCAUCAUCUACAGGUGGCAGGAGGACAACAGUCUUGAGCUGGUGACCUGCGAAGAACUGACCUCGUUCAGCUUUUUCCAUCGAGGGCCUCUUCGUGAACACAUCAAGUUUCAUAGCCGCCUGAUUGCCUCCCGCACGCCUCCAGGACAGCGACAAAGCAUUGACUUUGACCAGAACCUGGGCAAGUGCUACUCCUGGUCCCACCCAGAGGCCAAUGGUCCAACCCUGACGGCCACGGUGCUCGUAGACGGUGAGUAUCCCAUGCGGGUCGCCUUCGCUCUUGCAGCCGAGGCUAUCCGCAUCCUCCGGGAGACAGUCCCGAAGGAUACUGUGGAGGUGAUCGUGGGUUCAGAGUUGUAG